AUGGAGGAGUUUCUCCGUAUGAACGAGACCGCGGAACAGUUCUACACUCGCUGCACGAACCUGAGCGUGUUUGACUGCAGUGAGGAGGAGAUGCUCUGGUGGGUGAUGGGUCCUCGCAGGUUCCCUCUGUCGAGGAUAGUCCCCAUCAGCCUGUUCCUGUUGGUGAUCUUCGUGACGGGGAUCGUGGGGAACGUGGCCGUGUGUGUGGUCAUCGUGAGGAACCCAUCCAUGCACACGGACACCAACUACUACCUCUUCAGCCUGGCUCUGUCUGACCUACUGUUACUCUUGUUUGGUCUUCCUAACGACCUGUCAGUGUACUGGCACCAGUAUCCAUACAGUCUCGGCGUGGUCUUCUGUAAGCUGAGGGCUCUCAUCUCUGAAGCAGCAUCGUACGUGUCUGUGUUGACUAUAGUAGCGUUCACUCUCGAACGCUACCUGGCCAUCUGUCAUCCCUUACACAUAUACGCUGUGGCCGGUCUGCGGCGAGCCUUACGGAUAGUACUCUCUCUGUGGGUGUUGUCUCUGUUGGCUGCAUCACCCUUCGCUCAUUAUACUACAGUCAAUUAUCAUCAAUAUCCACCGACAUCAGGAAAUGCUUCAUUGGAGUCAGCAUUCUGUGCUAUGCUUGAACUACCAUCCUGGUACAUCUGCGAGCUCAGUAGCUUCUUCUUCUUCCUUCUCCCUGGACUUGUCAUACUCUGCCUCUACAUCAGAAUGGGAUUACGGAUCAGGUAUGUUCUGGGUUCAACCCACACCCACACUCCUGGUAGUCCCGGGACUCUGAACGGAGUUAACGGCAGUGUUCACGGAGAGGCGCGCCAGGCUCAGUCCGGAAAGAACAUCAUACGGAUGCUGGCCGCCGUGGUGAUCGCGUUCUUCGUGUGCUGGGCUCCCUUCCACUUCCAGAGACUGUUCUUCAUCUAUGGCAGCGGCGUCAGUUACUACAACGCCAUCAACGAGUACCUCUUCCUCGCAGCCGGCGUCUUCUAUUACAUCUCCGCCACUGUCAACCCCAUCCUGUACAAUAUUAUGAGUCACAGGUACAGAAUAGCUUUCAAGGAAACUCUUUGCUGCCGGAAGGUCCACAGAAAGAAGAGCAGAUAUCGUGACCAUUCAAGCAUCAGAGAGACCACCGUGAACCACACCUCGGAUGGAUCACACCUGGUGAGGGUCCGGUCGAGGAGUCACGAGCACAGGUCCAGGAGUGACCCUCGGACAAGGAGCAGUCUCAGCUCUGACAGCAACAACAGGUACAGUGAACGAUGGAAGGACUUCAACAGACGACAGAAUGGACACUGGAAGAAGAACAACCAGGAGGCGAGCGAGUUGAUGAUGAAGGAUUAUAAAUGUGACUGUGAAUUAUAA